AUGGUUGAGCUCCCACAGGUGUUAGUUCUUCGUCCAGUGUUACUUUUAAAGAUGUUUGAAAAACAGUUUCAAUCAAAGUUCUCAUUCCUCAAAGCAUGGGAGUCUCCUAUGCCCACCACCCUCUUCCUCAAGACCCAUGCACAGUCUGUCAAGGCCAUUCUUUGCACCGCCGGAACUCCGAUCACCAGCGAUGUCUUAUCCCAUCUCCCGGCGGUCCAACUUGUGGUGACUGAGAACACUGGUGUGGAUCAUAUUGACUUACAGGAGUGCUGGCGUCUAAAAAUCUCAGUCACCAAUGCUGCCACCGUCUUCUGCGAAGAUGUCGCUGACAUGGGGGUCGGAAUGUUACUUGCUGUUCUGAGAAGAAUCUGUUCCGAUGACCGGUUUCUUCGUGGCGGGCUUUGGCCUAACAGUGGGGAUAUUCCCCUUGGCUCUAAGUUGGGAGGCAAAAGAGUUGGAAUUGUUGGGCUGGGAAGCAUAGGCUCAAAAGUAGGGAAAAGGCUUGAGGCCUUUGGCUGCAACAUCUCAUACACCUCAAGAAAGAAGAAAUCAGAGACUCCAUACCUUUUUUACCCCACUGUCCAUGAACUUGCAUCUAAUUGCAAUGUCCUCAUUCUUUGUUGCUCACUAACUGAUCAAACUCGCCACAUGAUCAACAAGGAAGUCAUGGCAGCAUUAGGAAAAGAAGGGAUCAUCAUCAAUAUCGGCCGUGGCCCGAUUAUAGAUGAGAAGGAGCUGGUGAAGUGUUUGUUGGAAGGACAGAUUGCUGGUGCUGGUUUGGAUGUGUUUGAGAAUGAACCUUAUGUUCCUAAGGAACUGUUUGGAUUGGAAAAUGUUGUUUUGUCACCACAUAGAGCUGCUUUUACUGAGGAAGCUAUUCUCAAUGCUUUUCAACUUGCUGUGGCUAAUUUAGAAGCGUUCUUCUCAGGUAAACCAUUACUCUCUCCAGUCAUCAAUGAAUGA